CUCUGCAAAGCCAACUUGCACAUUCACUGACCCCAGUACAGCAUCUUCAUGGUCACCGUGUGCCAGGCACAUCCACUCUUUUCAAUAAAAUGGACACAAAAGCAGAUGUAAAGUCCCUCAUGGCGAAGUUUAACACAGCGGGCAACCCCACAGAAGAGGUCUCUGUCAACAGCCGCCCCUUCAAAGUCUCUGGGCAAAACUCGCCUUCAGGAGUACAAGCUAAAAAGAAUCUAUUCAACAACCAAGGAAGUGCCAGCCCUCCUGCAGGACCUAGCAACGUACCUAAGUUUGGGUCCCCAAAGCCACCUUUGGCGGUGAAACCUUCAUCUGAGGACAAGCCUGACAAGGAGCCCAAGCCGCCGUUUCUAAAGCCCACAGGCGUGGGCCAGAGAUUUGGACCGCAGGCAAGCUCGGCCACCAGAGACCCUGAGCCGAAAGUGGGGUUUCCGAAACCUAUAGGCCCCAAGCCUGUCACCGUGCCCAAGGAAGAUUCCAAACCUGUGUUUCCCUGGCCCCCUGCGAAUAAGCCGGCGCCUCACAAUGUAAACCAAGACCAUGACUUAAAGCCACCAGGCCCCAAGCCAGGGUCUCAUCCUCCAACCUCGGAAACUGAGCAGAAGCAAGCGUUCCCCAAGUUGGCUGGGGUGAAAGGCAAGUUUGCGUCAGCCUCACAAGACCAUGACCCAAAGCCCCCCUUCCCCAAGCCUGCCUUUGCCCAGAAGCCAUCCCUAAGUACCGACGACACCCAUGAAGAUGAGAGCCCCACCAAGACUGCGCCUCUACAGAGAGGACCGCUGCACCCCCUGGGAGCCAAGGCCAAAGCAACCCCUUUUAAACCAGCAAGGGAAGACCAGGAAAUUAAAGACCAUGGAGGCGAGGCAUCCAGUUCACCCUUCUCUGGUGUGGUUCUGAAACCUGCUGCCAAUAGAGGAAGCCCAGGCUUCGCCAAAAAUACUGAAGAGAAAAAAGAAGAUAGGAAGAUAGAUGCUGCUAAGAACAUCUUCCUGAGCAAAAUGAAUCAGGAAGAGCCGGCCUCUGGGGCUCCUCCUGCCAAGUUCCCUAAGACGCCCUCUAAGUUGACAGUGGCGGGGUCAUGGGGCCAAAGUCAAGAGAAGGAAAAGGGAGACAAGAACUCCGCCCCCCCCAAGCAGAAGCCCCUGCCUCCCUUGUUUGCCUUGGGCCCACCGCCACCCAAACCCAGCAGGCCUCCCAACGUUGACCUGACGAAAUUCCGAAAAGCCGCUUCUGGAAACAGUACCAGCAAAGGCCAAACAUCUUACUCAGCUACGUCCCUACCACCACCUCCACCAUCCCAUCCAACCAGCCAACCACCAUUGCCAGCAUCUCACCCACCACAACCGCCUGUCCCAAGUCUACCUCCUAGAAACAUUAAACCUCCCUUAGAUCUAAAAAGCCCUAUAAAUGAAGAAAAUCAAGAUGGUGUCAUGCACUCUGAUGGUCCUGGAAAUCUAGAUGAGGAACAAGACAGUGAAGGAGAAACAUAUGAAGACAUAGAAGCAUCCAAAGAAAGAGAGAAAAAAAGGGAAAAGGAGGAAAAGAAGAGAUUAGAGUUGGAGAAAAAAGAACAGAAAGAGCGAGAAAAGAAAGAACAAGAAAUAAAGAAGAAAUUUAAACUAACGGGCCCUAUUGAAGUCAUCCAUCAGGCAAAAGCUUGCUGUGAUGUCAAAGGAGGGAAGAAUGAACUGAGCUUCAAGCAAGGAGAGCAAAUUGAAAUAAUCCGCAUCACAGAUAACCCUGAAGGAAAAUGGCUGGGCAGGACAGCAAGGGGGUCAUAUGGCUAUAUUAGAACGACUGCUGUCGAGAUUGACUAUGAUUCUCUGAAAGUGAAGAAAACUUCUCUGGGUGCUCUUGCAUCAAGAGCUCUUGAAGAUGACCAGGAGGUGUAUGAUGAUGUUGCAGAGCAGGAUGAUGUUAGCAGCCACAGUCAGAGUGGAAGUGGAGGGAUGUUCCCACCUCCUCCCCCAGAUGAUGAUAUUUAUGAUGGGAUUGAAGAAGAAGAUGCUGAUGAUGGCUCCACACUACAGGUUGAAGAGAAGAGUAAUUCGUGGUCCUGGGGGAUUUUGAAGAUGUUAAAGGGAAAAGAUGACAGAAAGAAAAGUAUACGAGAGAAACCUAAAGUCUCUGAGUCAGACAAUAAUGAAGGUUCAUCUUUCCCUUCUCCUCCUAAACAAUUGGAUGUGGGAGAUGAAGUUUAUGAUGAUGUGGAUGCCUCUGAUUUCCCUGCUCCACCAGCAGAGCUGAGUCAAGGAGCCAAGGCUAAGACGGAAGAAAAAGACCUUAAGAAGCUAAAAAAGCAAGAAAAAGAAGAGAAAGACUUCAGGAAAAAGUUUAAAUAUGAUGGUGAAAUUAGAGUCCUGUAUUCCACCAAAGUAGCACCCGCCUUAACCUCCAAAAAAUGGGGGACCAGAGAUCUACAGGUGAAGCCUGGUGAAUCUCUUGAAGUUAUACAAAGCACUGAUGAUACAAAAGUUCUCUGCAGAAAUGAAGAAGGAAAAUAUGGUUAUGUCCUUCGGAGUUACUUGGUAGACAAUGAUGGAGAGAUCUAUGAUGAUAUUGCUGAUGGUUGCAUCUAUGACAAUGACUAGGUCUCAGCUUUGUUCAUUCUGCUAUGUUCAUUUGCUGCCAGAAUGAAGUCUAAGUUUUAAUUGACAUGUGAUUGGAUAUCAUAGAAAAUGAAUGCACACAACUACUCAUUACCAUUUGUUAUAAAAUCUUGAUUAUGAGGUUUUGAAACUUUGGACUUAGAAAAUGAUUUUGACAUCUUGGAAGACUACACCAAUGAAAUAUAAGAAUUACUAAAUAUUCCAUCUCUGCCUCAACUGCAGUUAUGAAGGCACUUCUUGUAGACCACCUCCCUUCUGUAGACAACCUCCCCUUCUUAAAAAGAAAAAAAAAUGAGAAGAAAUGAUUGUGUUGUCUAAAGAAAUAUGAAGAAGAAGAAUAAAGAAAUAUAAGGAAGAAAAUAUUAAAACAUUUCACAAGAAGGAAAACUAUUGUUUGAACUUCUAAUUAUGACUGUAUCUUAUAUUCUUUAUUCAAAUUAUCUAUCCUGAAAAAGGCACAACUGUCUCCUCUCUUGCUGGCAGGAUAAAUGUUUUAAAAAUGACAGUGGUAGCAGAAUUUUUGUAUAAAGAUUGUUUCUGUUUGUUAAUUGUGAAUAUAUGUUAAUUAUUUGAUAAGAAUGUAAACAUUUAGUGUGUGCACUUAAGAUUACAAUUUAGAAGAGCCAAAAUAAGUUUUCUUUUUGCAGAUUCAUCCACUAAUAUUUUAAUUAUGUGCUCUAUUUAAAGUACUAUUGUAACUAGAGUGGAUAUGAAUGAGGACUACCCUAAAAUUAUGAAGAAUGAAGAUGGACUUUGAAAUUAAUCAGGCUUUUAUGGCACCUCUUUACUAUGAGAACUCUUUUGAAGGCUUUUGCUUUUCAAUUACCUCUGUGGGACUUUUUUUUUUUUUUAACCACUUUACUGGAAAGUUGGCCUAGUGUUUGGACUAGAACAUUCCUUACUCAGACAUACUCAUUCCCAAAGCAACUCCAAACAAAAUAUGAAGCAUUUGGGCUCCAAAUGCUAAGAACACUAAACACCAUGAUACAAUAUGCAAAACCCUAACACCCAGGAAAAUAGCAUGUUAGGUAAUUUUUUCACAACGUCCAAAAUAGGCAAAUCCUAAAGCAGGCUCUACUACUAAUGAACCACGAAGUAAUAUUGGGUAAACUAUUUAUCCUCCCAGUUUCCUCAUCUGCAAAUUACAGGAUUAGAUGAAAUCAAUUUUUCCCAACUUUUUUUUAUGACCAGUUACCUCAAACUUUUAUAAUCCUUUCCCUACCCUAAUCCUGUAUUUCAGAAGCCUUUGUGUAUUUUUAAAAUUCAUUGAUUAAAUACUGAUUAAUGCAUUUUCCAUACUUUAAUAUUGCAAAGGCCCAUUGGAGCUUCUGAAGAGUGGCCCCACUGAAUUGAAAUCAUUUUAAGUCAUUGUAACCUCAGCCUUCAUAUGGGUAAAGUGUGAUUUCCAUUUGGUAUGUUGAAAUUUGAAAAUAGAUCAUCAAAAAAAUAAAGAGAAAGAAAGAAAGAAGAGAGAAAGAAAGAAAGAAGAAAGAAAGAAAGAAAGAAAGAAAGAAAAGAAAGAGAGAGAAGGAAAGAAAGAAAGAGAAAGAAGAAAGAAAGAAAGAAAGAAAGAAAGAAAGAAAGAAAGAAAGAAAAUAGGCCAUCAACAUUUAUUGCUCAAUUUAUAGAUUCUGGGAGUCUGAGGCCCUCACAUUAGAAACAAAUGAUGUCAAAGUCCCCCUCCAAUUAUGAAAUACUUUAAUGUCUACUUUUUAAUAUGGUAAGCCAGUAUAUGCUCAUAUGAUGAAAUUAUUUAAGAGAUAAAUUACAUGGUUCAAAAGCAUUUUUGUUUUUGUUAAAUUUGGUAGCAAAUAUACGUAAUACACUGACAGUAUAUUUCCAGUAAUUUUUUUCUGAUUGAGAAUGACAAAUUCAAUACGUCAGUUUUUUAAAUUCCUAAUUAAAUCAAGAGAAUAUUUUAGUUUUGGGUUAUACUCCAAGAAACAAAAAUACACAUGCCUACGAAAGAUAUAUGUAUUAGAUAAUCAUCUUAAUAUAAAGAUAUAUUUGACAUAUUAAUUUUAAUAUACUAAAUAUUAUUUCUCUUAUAGUUUUAUGUAUGGAAUUUUGUCACAUGAGAAGA